UAUAUUGAACACAGCGGAAGAUAUUUUUAAGAAAUCUGAAAACCAGAAGCCAUGGAUGCCUAUAGUAAGAGAAACAAACACUAUGGAAGUCAAUAGUUACAGGUUUACAACAUUUUGCAAUACAUCUUUUCAUUUUUGGGUCAGCUGUCUCUUUAAGACUAUCGUAAACAUGCACAUACUGUAUAAUAAUACUCAUAUUAGUGUAUUAUUAACAAUAUGUUUGCAGUCCAAUAGGCUUACAAAAUACAUAUAUACAGAAAAUAUCAUGUUUCCUUUUAAUAAAAAAGUUUUAAAAAAUCACAUCUUUAAGUUUUGAAGGCGUUUUGUUAUGUAAGUUCAAUCUUGAGAAGUGUCCAGCACACUGAGGUCAUUCUCCACAACCAUAGCAUUAAUAGGCUUAUAGCCAAUGUGCACACCAUGUGCCCUCUCUCCACACAAACUAAUCUUCUGAAAUAACACAUUUAUUUAGUCAUUUACAUAAUCCAAGUACAAAUGAUGCCCAGGAGUGAUCUGAGUACAGCUGAAGAACACAGCAAGAGUACAAGCGCGACAAUAAUAAUAAAAACGCAGACAACUGGCACUGCAGAUGGGCGACUGAAAGUGUGUCAUCACCAUCUCCAGUCUAAUCACCUCCGCCCGCGCUGCUCCUCCUCCCUCCCCGUCACUCCAUCUCUCGCUCUCCAUCCUGCCGUCGCUGUCUGUGCAAAAAGACAAAACACACACAAAAAAGAAAAGUUUAUUCGUCCCUCAGAGGCUGCAGCUCCAGAUCCGCGUGUGUUUCUGUGGGCGAGGACACAUAUGGUGAUGAGCACAUGAGUGUUAUUGUCGCCUCCUCCAACUUAAUCUCUGAAGAGGAGGUGCGGCUGCAUCCUCUUUUUUUCUCCUUCCUCCCAUCGGAUACCAAAACUGAAUAUUCAACAGCGUUUUUGUGCCUCAAGCUCAUCUUGGAGCAUCAGUUUCGACUGGGAAACACAUCCUCCGGUGGCUUUGUUUUGAUACUUUAUCUAGCAUCGGUCUAAAAUGAGUUUCAGCAGUGACAUGGAUGAGACUGAAGAUGGGAGCACCAGAGAGUUUGAGAGCGUGGAGAUGAAUAAGCUGCGUCAGAGCCUGCGCAGGAAGAAGCCCACCUACGUGCCAGAGGCCAGUCGACCACACCAGUGGCAGGCGGAUGAAGAGGCUGUGCGAAAGGGCAAAUGCAACUUUCCUGUCCGGUAUCUCGGGCUGGUGGAGGUGGAUGAAUCCAGAGGCAUGCAUGUGUGUGAAGAGGCAGUGAAAAAGCUAAAAGUGAGUGGGAAAAAGACAGUGAAGGCUGUGCUCUGGGUGUCUGCUGAUGGCCUGAGAGUAGUGGACGACAAAACCAAGGACCUGAUUGUGGAUCAGACGAUUGAAAAGGUGUCAUUCUGUGCCCCGGACCGUAACUACGACAAGGCUUUCUCUUACAUCUGCCGUGACGGAACGACCCGCCGCUGGAUGUGCCACUGCUUCAUGGCCCUGAAGGACUCGGGCGAGCGUCUCAGUCAUGCAGUGGGAUGUGCGUUUGCCGCCUGCCUGGAGCGGAAGCAGCGCAGAGAAAAGGAGUGUGGCGUCACAGCCUCUUUCGAUGCCAGCAGAACAUCAUUUGUGAGGGAAGGUUCAUUCCGCGUGUCCUCCGCCGCACAACAGAGUGACCGUGAGGACAUCAUGAAGCAGAUUCAAGACAAGAAGAAAGAAAUGUGUGGGAUUUCUGCAUUGCCGCCUGGAAAUGCAUCUCCUCCAGAAGGGGCGGGGUCACCGGGUGAGAGGGCGGAGCCAGGUGGCCCUCACGCCAUUCCACGCAGACACGCCCCCAUCGAGCAGCUGGUGCGACAGGGAUCCUUCAGAGGCUUUCCUCAACUCAGCCAGAAGAACUCGCCGUUCAAACGACAGCUUUCUCUGCGUCUCAAUGAUCUCCCGUCAACCCUGCAGCGCAAGACCGACUUCCAGACCAAGAACCCAGUUCCAGAGAUGGAUCUGACAGUGGCUGGAGAGGCGGACAGCAUUAACGCUCUGUGCAGCCAAAUCAAUAGCUCUUUCACCAAACCAUCUGAAGACCUGUGUGCCAAAACCACCAACAACUGCUUACCCAUCAGCUGCGCUCCACCUGCCAUCCCUCCUCCACCUGCCCCUCCUCAAGCUACAAAUUUAUGGGUCCAAAUAGAGCCCCCGGUCCAGUCUUCUCCACCCAUUCCUCAGGGUGGCCACAAACGAACCCCGUCCGAAGCAGAACGAUGGCUGGAGGAAGUUGCUAAAGCGGUGAAAUCCCAACAGCAGACUCCACCUACUUUACCACCACCACCCACUCAGCAGCCUCCACCGGUGCCCACCAUGCCCAUUGCACCCGGUUCCCUCCCAACAUCCAUGCAGCCAUUUCCGAUGGCUUUUGACGUCACUCCUGCUCCCGUUAGUAUGUUCACCCAACAGCCGCUCCAACCGGCGUUUGUACCUAUGCAGCCGUACAUGCCCACUCUAGCCAACAGCAUGACCUAUCCCAAUGCAAGUGUACCCGUGGUGGGCAUCACACCCUCACAGAUGGUGGCGAAUGUAUUUUGCAGUGCAGCCGGUACAGGAGGUGGAGUGGCAAUUGGGGUCGGGAUGGGGCCUAAGACGGGUACGCUUGGCGGGAGCCAACAUUCAGCAUUUCCCACCCUUCCUGGAGGUCUUCCAACCACCACGUUCGCUUCUCCUCCAACAAUCAAUGGCCACCCACAAAACUCCUUUCCAUCAACGACCACCAGUGUUACGCAAAACGGUACUGCCGUUAAAGGAGGUUCUGGUUGGCCCAUGGAGAAUCCGAAUCCCACAAUCAACUCCAAGGAAGCCGAGCAUUUCGAUGCAAAGUGGGCCGCCCUGGAGUCCAAAUCACAACCCAAGGCGCAAAACCCAUUUUCCAACGACUUGCAGAAGACUUUUGAGAUUGAACUAUAAUUGUAAGGAGACUCUGAAAAGAAGGGACUAUUUCAUACCCCCCUUUUUUGUCCCUUCAAGGAUUUUCUUAUAUGCUCCUGGUCUGUUUGAGGGCAUUAGUUGAUGUAAGAGAUCACACAAGAGUGUCAUUUUUAGAUAUGGAGAAUGGGAACAGACGUCAUAACAUGUUCGGCACUUACAGGACAGCUUAAAAGAGAAACCUGCACAUGACUUUCACCAGUAAUGACACUUGCUUUUAAAGAAAUUAAUGAUUUUUUAAAAGUAAUAUCGAAAUUAAGAGACGUUCGGAAUCUAUUUAUUGUUUUUACUUGAUUUAUAGUGCUUAUUUCUUAAUUGGAUUUUGAAUUAUUCUUGGUUUUUCCGUAUUUAUUUGUCUUGAACAGGGUGACAAGAUUACAGGUGGAAUGAUUGGCUACUUGAAAAUGGACUCACCAAAAUGCUUGAUUUAAAAAUCUACAGUCUCUUGAGUUUACUUUGUGGUGUAAAUAGCAUGCUUUGAGUUGACUUUAUUUAUUGCCCUUUUUGUGGCCAUCUUGUUUCAUUGAUUCCAAAUUGUGAACUAUUUACUCUGAAUACCAAAAGUUCCACCAACAACACAUUCCAACCUUGUUUAUACUAUUGAGACUCGUAACGCGAUGCAAAAACUAGACCGAAAGGCCACCAGAGUGUCCUUGCAUCUGUAAUUGAAUAUGUGGAACAUUUCUGAGCGCAAAAGUUUUGUACUUGUUUAACCAGUAAUGUUAAAAUGUACAAAUCUGUUC